AUGUCUGAAGUUUCCUCUACGCGGUUGUACUUGGGCAAUCUACCACGAAAUGCUACUAAGGCCGACGUUGAGGCUCAUUUUAAUGCUCAUGGUACAGGUGAAAUCACUGAGAUUAAGCUGAUGAACGGGUUCGGAUUCAUCGAAUACAAAGAUGCAUUAGACGCGCGCGAUGUUGUUCCAGCCUUUCAUGGCUCUGACUUUAUGGGCGAGCGCUUGACGGUGCAGUUCGCCCGUGGAUCCCGUAGUCGUGAGGCUUUUGCCAAUACCGAACGUAUAGCACCACGCCCAAGACGCACACCUCACCGUAUGCAAAUAUCGGGACUUCCAGGUGAAACCAGCUGGCAGGACCUUAAAGAUUUCGCACGCCAAUCUAGCCUCGAUGUUGUAUAUUCUGAGACAGGGCGAGACCGUGAGGGUAAAGGGAGCUUCGUUGAAUUUGAGACGGCCGCAGAUCUUAAGCUAGCAGUUGAAAAGCUCGACGGACGUGAAUUUAAAGGAGUCGCUGUAACCUGCGUCGCCGACACUCAACCUGAUAUACCCCGUGAUCGUGCCCGAUCGCGAUCUCCAGGAUAUCGUCGCUCUUAUCCAGCUGACGAUUACGAACGCCGUGCACCUAAUCGAGGAUACAGCCCGCGCCGCGAUGCUUAUCGUGAUAGAAGUGUACCUCGUCGGGGCUACUAUGAAGAUGACCGCACACGGUAUGGACGCUCCCCUCCACGGGCUCGUGCCCCAACUGAAGAAUACCCUCCAACACGCCGUGGCGCUGCGUUUGAAGAACCGUACCGUCGUGAUUAUCCUUCUGACCCUUAUGUGAACGGCCGGAAUCCAAGGGAUUAUGCCCACCCAAGAGACUAUCCUCACAGGGAUACUCCAUACGAGUAUGAAAGACCCCGCCGCUAUUGGUAA